CACCCCGCGAGCCCCCGCAAGGCUGCAAGAUUGCAAUUGCCACCGGCGGCUUUGCCACCGGCGCAGCCGCCGGUGUGAGAGACCUGCCACGGCGGCGGACGAGGGAGAUGGCCUUCGCCGUCGCGCCGCUGCCAGUGGCGCCGCCGCUUCGGCCGCCUGAUGCCCUGGCCGGAUGGAGGAGGCGCCCAGGGGCGGGUCCUCCUCCGCGGUUCACCGUCGUCCUGGCGGCGUCUAGCGGGUUCGGCGGCGAACGGGCCCCGCCGACGUUCGGGCGGCUGCGGGAGGAGCUCCUCCAGCUCCACGCCGAGGCCGACCUCACCCAGUCCAAAGCAAAUAGCGCGAGGUUGAGGCUUGUGCGAUUGACCGAGGCUGCUGAGAAUCUUAAGAAGCGAGCCGCAACCAGUGUCCAAAUGGGCAAAGAGAAUGAGGCUGUGGAUUUACUUGUGCAGAAGAAGAAAUUGACCAAAGCCCUAGAGAACAUUAAAGAGCGCAUUGGUGUGCUUGACAAGCUUUCGGCAAAGAUUAGUGAGGCAAUUUCAAUAAAGCAGAACAUGUUAAUCGAGUAUGCAUUGCGUCCAGGGAUGUCUAAUGGUGAAAUCUCCGAUGACAAGAUAAGGGUUUUCUCCAGUACGGUCAAUGAUAUAGUCAAUGGGGCUGAGAGUACCAAUACUCAUCCAAAAUCAGUUGAUAAAGAAUCUUUUGAGUUGAGAAAUGAGGCACAUGCAAGCAUGGCUGGCCACCAUGAGCAAAGUGCAUUUCAGAUAGCAGAUGGCUUCUCAUCUUUGGACGAUCCUGACCCAGCAAACAGCAUAAAGAAUCCUUCUGCAUAUGAUGGAUUUCUAGAGCAUAUUGAUUUACAGAUGAAAUCUUUAGAAUAUGAAAUUGAACAGUUCAUCAGUUCCCAAUCAGUCGAAGAGGUGGGCAGUGAGGAGCAGAGAAAUGACAAGUGGCAAAGAUUAUCAGACAUACAUAUGCUUGUAAAGGAAACUAGAGAAAGGAUUGCAAGGAUUUUGGAUAUGACAGUAAACGAGACUGAAUCUGGAGACUUGAGAUGAUAGCAAACCACAAAACAGUGAAUUCGUGGCAUCCAUCCUUAUCUCUUUCAUGGGUAUCCAAGUGGGCAAUGGCGCUUAUCAGCAGUCUGAUCUUGCAAGUUGGUUUCCGCCCUUGGGAUGAUCCAUUGGAAUUAAUGCAGUGCCAUAUUAUGCAGGACUCCACCUACAGCCGGCGGGGUUGCCUUCAUUUCUGGACAGAAUCAGAGAAACAUUUAGAUUUGUUGCUGUACUGAGAUCUUGUCGGUGAUGGAGGAUUGGAUGUACAGUACAGAUUGCACCGACUGAAAAGCUUCUCAAGCUCAAAGAUCUUGAUCGAAGGAACCUGGUUGCUGAUCAUCUCCGUUUCUGUGAGUAGUCGUCAUCUGUAUAUGGACCUUGAUUGAAGGCAGCGUUGUUCUUGACGAACUGUCUCUGCGUGCAAACGUAUGAAGAGAAUGAUGAAGUCAAAAACUCAAACUUGUACCCUGUCUAGAUUUAGCAUUAAAACUGAAAAAUUUAGAGGUCCAGGCAAUUCAGAGGCAUCAGUGCCCUGUCCCAUACCCAUUAAACGAUACAAAUUUAGCCUUCACAGCACAAUAUUCUUAUUUUUUAAGCUUUCUGACGGAUGAAGAUGGUGAGAUUUGACAUGA